GCGAACCAGAAACUUCGCGGGCGCCUCCCGUUCGGCGGGGCGCCGCCCCCCCCGUCCCGAGGCGGAGAUGGUGCCGCUCGAGGGCUCCGCUGCCGGCGCUGCCCCUCCGCCCGACGGCGCCGCCGCCAGGAAGCAGCGCGCGUUCGCCCGCAGGAAGGCGUUCUCCCUGUUCGUCAAAGCGAAGGAGGUGCCGGUCGCAGCCCGGUAUGCUCCCGGCGGAGAGGGCGUGCGGUGGCGGUGCUGCCGGCAGGGCUUUGAGGAGCUGUCCGGUAUUCACCGACAUGUGGCUCUGCAGCAUGGCGGGGACGUCGGGCAGCGCGCAGCGGCUGAAGGGAGCCCCGCUGACAGCGCGGACGGGACACAGGGGCACUGCCGGGGAGCGCCCGAGAUCUCCUGGGCGCUGCCAGACACCAGCCACGUUGGCCACGAUGAUCUGACGAGCAAGGUGGGAGAAGUACUUCUGUACUACUGUUACUGUGAGGUGAAGGAUCCAGAGGAACUCUGUGCUUGGCAAAAGGCUCUGUGCCAGCAUCUGCAUCUCACUGGCAAGGUACGAGUUGCUUCGGAAGGGAUUAAUGGGACAGUUGGUGGAAGCAAAGCAGCUACUAAUCUCUACGUUGAAGCUAUGCUUUCUCAUCCUCUGUUCAGAGACAUUUUGUGCCAAGAGGAUUUCAAGAGCAGUGCAGGAGGAGCUCACUGUUUCACGGACCUUCGAGUUGGAGUAUUCAAAGAAAUUGUACCUAUGGGCAUUGAUCCAAAGAUAGUGUCUUACAAAGAAACUGGAAUCCAUUUAUCCCCUCAGGAAUUUCAUAAAGAAGUUGAACAUUAUUUGUCUCAGGCCAGUCUAGGACAAAGUGAUACCAUCUUGCUGGACUGUAGGAACUUCUAUGAAAGUAAAAUAGGGCAUUUCCAGGGCUGCCUGGCUCCAGAUAUCAGGAAGUUCAGCUAUUUUCCCAGCUAUGUAGAUGAAAACCUGGAGCUUUUCAAAGACAAGCGUGUCCUGAUGUACUGCACGGGAGGGAUUCGUUGUGAAAGAGGCUCUGCUUACCUACGGAGCAAGGCAGUGUGCAGAGAGGUUUACCAGCUAAAAGGUGGAAUUCACAAAUACCUGGAAGAGUUCCCAGAUGGAUUCUACAGGGGGAAGCUGUUUGUAUUUGAUGAUCGUUAUGCCAUUUGUUCCAAUGAAGAUAUCAUCUCAGCAUGCAGAUACUGUGGGGAGCUGUGGGACCAGUAUAAACUUUGUUCCAGCCAGCACUGCCGGCAGCUUGUCCUGGCAUGUCCAAGUUGUCGAAACAAAGGUCUUACAGCCUGCUGUCCUGUUUGUCAAGAGAAAGAGCUCAAAUUGACUUCAAAAGCUUCAGGACAGAUACUUAAAGAGGAAUGUGAUUGUACAAGGAGAAGGCUAAGGGUGCCUAUUGAAGACGUCUCUCAAAGGACACUGGUGGCAGGAAAAAAUUAAGCCAUUUCAUUAGCUAAUCUGACACGUGUUAAUGCAAAGGGCUUCAAUAACCAGAUCCCUGUUACUCAGUUAGGUUUGGAAAUCAUGAAAAUAUGUUGGCUUGGAAAGUCUUGUUCAUGUGCUGCCUUUAAACUUAGAGUAUGUGCUGAAACCAUCCAUUACUUGACCAUAAAUUACCAGUGUGCCCAACCCACCACUAGCACUACAAGAUUCCCUUUCUUGGGCCUUGUAGUGUGGCCUCUAUCACGGGGAUUUUGGAGUGGAGUUUGUGUGAUGGGACACAGAUGCUCACAAUUCAAAAGAAACUGAAAGGACAUGAGAAGAAUUCUAUUCUUUUCCUCCUGCAUGGAGAUUGAUCUGUCCCACCUCUCCAUUGAUCAUGCAUUUGCUUCAGUAGUUAGGGUGUGAAAACAGCAGAUGUGUCAGUUUGGUGUGGGUACAUGACUGGAUUGGAGCUGAAGAUAUUUCCAUGUACACACCAUCUGCCUGCCUCCCUUGCUUUAUACCAGUGAGAAGCAAGGAGUAGUUACACGAAGUCUGACUUAACUCCCGCCUAAAACUGGCUGAAGGCAGAGUAAGGAUCCUUCUGGUAGCUGGAGCAAAGGCCCACAUGUCUUGUCCCAUCAUACUUCUUGGGUGUGAUCUGUAGGAUGAGCAGCAAAAGCAAUCCUCAUUCCAGUGUUCUGUUUCUCCAGGAAUUGUUGUUUUCCUCAAUUUGUCUGUACAUCAAAUAUCCAGGGCACAGCUCUGCUUGCACUAGAAAAAAACAACAGCUUGAAGCAUGUUGGAACCGAGACACACAAAGAAAGGAGCACAGAGACUGUCAAAAUACCAGCACUGUGACACUAGCAGUGAUGCUGACGUGUGCAUAAAUGUCACUAGCGACUAUAAGGAGAAUACAGGAUCCUUUAUUCGAGUUAAAUAAUUCAAGAUUUGGGGAGCAUCUGUGCUUUGUAAUUAAGCUUUUGAAAAACACAACCUAUAGAGAUGUCUGCGAUUUCCAGCUCCUAUGAGUGAAGAAAUUGUCUUUGAAGGGAUCCACAGCAUAUGAGCUCAAAGUACUUGUCCAGCUGCUGCUUUGUGUGCCUCAUGCCGUAGAAUGUACAGAAAGGUUUUAUUAAUAGUUUAGAAGAUAUGUCUGGACUGAAAAAUUUCUUAGAAACUUACUGUCAUUCAUGGUACUGAAUAGUAGUUAGUCGUUAGGAAGUGAAAUCACACUGCUGGGUUUUUUGGGGGGUUUUUUACUUGCAACUGCUUUUCAAAGCAAGAAAACAGUUUACUCAGGUUUCUGCAGUUCCUUAAUCACAAUUAGGGCAAGGUUAUUUUCAUGCAGAUUGUAACCUUUCCCUCAGUGCUAUUAAUUCAGCCUUGUUGUUGUCUCAGCUGGCAACUUACAGGCAGGGCCAUUGGUUCCAUUAAAGCCAUAGCAAGCAUUUCUUCUGACUUCCAGUAUUGUUACCAAGAAAUCAGUGGUUCAGCAACUGCUUUUAUGACCCUUCCCUUCAUGAAGCAAAGCUGAAACUUAUGAAUAUCUCCUCUGGAGAGCUUUCUAGGGUGGUAUUUAAUAGUAAAUGUGUGCACAAGCCAUACUGGAGAAGAAACUGGAAAAUUCCCUUAGUCGACACCUUCAGCAGAAGUCUAAGCAGGUCUCCUUGGAUCUUCCUUGCCAAGCUUUGCUGGCCAGUUAACCUCUGUGUUUUUGAGGACUGGAAUACUUGUGGGAAAAUAUGCAAACUGUACAUGCAGGCCUGGUCUAGAGCACUGCUGGGAGUGCCUGGCUUGCAUACUGUACUCUCUUCGUAUAGUAAGCUGAAAAGAACACAAGAUUAUAACUCAGUCUGUCAGCAAGGCUGGAACACUGUAAUCUGUUUGGAAGGCUGUUUGUAUACCUUUUGUCAGUACAGAAUGGCAACAACUAUAUUUUAUAUGUAAACUCCUGUGAUGCUAAAUAACCUUUAGUGCUUCCACUGUAAUUUUUAAAGUACUGCACAAAUAUAUUUCAACUGGUAUGUUGGAGGUGCUUGAUUUUGCAGAAAUAAAUGCUGAAACCUACCUAGCUGUCUGCCAUUUGGUAGACCUGGCUAUAAGGUACAAUUCUGAGAGUUCCUGGCAGCUGCCGAGUCUACCUCAAAGUCAGAGGGGAACCAUGGGGCCUCUUCUGGUCCUUGCUGCACUUAAGGCAAGGGGGGGGAAGGGUCUGAGGUGUACAGAUGGAGGCUCGUAAAGCCAGGUUCCAUCUGUUGCAGAGAGGGAAGAAGUGGGGUAAGAGAAAUCCCUAGCUUCCCUCUUGUGAGCCCAUGAGCAGCUUCUCUAUCAUGCUUUUGAAUUAGUUUUGUCAGAUUAAUACAAAUAAGAACUUGCCAUACGAAAUGCUGUGUGGUGGAUGCCAAGCAACUCAGGGGUAGUGCCUGAGAGAAGGCACAUUAGCUCCAGGAGAGGUGAGAGUUAAGCAGCAUUGGCUGUGACUGCCAGAUACUGCAGUCAGCAGGAUGCUUCUUUUCCCUUUUCUUGGAGAGCUCCUGGCUCAGUGACCCAUUUGCUCCCAAGCAUCACCAUUUUGUAGCUCCAUCACUGCACAGCUUGAUGCCUUUCACCACAAAACCUGAUGCUUCUCAGCACAGCUCAUCUCCACACAGCUCUCGCAUGCAUUUUUCAGCAAAGUGGCUCUAUAGGAAUUAAUCAGCUCAGGAUUCCUGCCACCUUACUAUAGGUUUGGGCUGCAUGGUUAAUUUAGGUGCUACUAUUGUGAAACACAGGACAAGGUUCUUGCUUUUUUUUUCCUCCUCAAGGGUUUUUUCACUUAGGGAAAAAAUGCUAUUGUAGUAUCCAUGUAGUGCUCCUUGCUCUGCAGAUGAGUCUCCUUGCAUGUCUUAGCACUGUCAGGAUUUCCCAGGAUAAGAUAGCAUUUAUAUUUGUCAGAAGCCCAUGGAAGAACUGAGCCUGUACCAUGCAGAUCUAAGUAGAUGGCUCCACUGAAAUUGUGGCUCAGGUUUGAUGAAUUAGUUGACCAUUUUGAAGUCUUUGCAGUGCAUAUGGAAGAAAGAGGCUGUCCACCAGUUUAGUUUAUUUUUCUUUAAUCUUCAAUAUGUUUUCAAGUAUUUUUCUCUUGUAUUCUUUUCAUUUUCUGAUAGGAACUUUCAGGGUAGGGGGAAAAAGCUACGGUGAAGCACUUUAUUUGACACCAUGGGUGCAUUUAUUAAGCUUUGAAGAGCAACAAACACGUUUCCCACACUGCUGAAGGUAUAGUGUUGCUCUGUUUCACUGGUCAGAGCUAAAUCACAGGUGGUAUUUGUGCACAAGGCCUAAAGGAAUCUGUGGGACUUUGCAGGGGUAUGCGUCAAAGGCUGCAAAACUUCACUCUUAGCAGAUGCAUACAGACAGAUACCUAGCAAGUGAAAACAUUUUCUAGGACAUGUCAUCAGACCAGGAAUAAGGCUUUAGUAUGGCAGUGCUUCUAACAGGAGACUCUUCCUACAGAGCAGGAUCCCACCCAGGUUAAUAGCAGGAGUUUUGGAUGGGAUAGGGCUGGGUCCACUGCAUGUCUGGUGAAUUCCUCCCAGGCUAGAUGGUGGGUGGUAGACUGUCUGACAGAAAGCUAUCAGACUGUAUGCAGUGUAAGUUCAGAGUUGGGCUAUUUCAUUGACCAGCUCUUCUAGGGUACAUUUAUUGUUGCACUUAGGCAGACAUUAGGAAUGGCAGUAAAAGAAAAUCCCCAUCAGAACAAAAUUUAGUGGACAUGGUCAUUCAGACAAAACAGCGAAGAGAAAGAAUGUGACUUGUUUCCAGUGAGUAUUUAGACACACACUUUUAACAUGAGGAAACUGAACAAGUAAGAAUUAGAUAAUUAGUUUGGCCAUCUCUGUGGGCUUAGGAUUUGCGUCACUUCUCUAAAGGUGACUGUUUUCUUCAGGCAUGGAUAGGGUAGAAGACAUUGAUAGGGUAGAAGGGUUAUUAGCCAAUCCUAAACCACUCAAUUUUGAGACUUUUCUUUUUAUAAUUGGUGGCCUUAAGUUCCUUAUAAUAAGGGGGUGGAGAAAAUGAAACAUGAGGAUGUGCUUGAAACAGCACCUCCAACAAAUUGCCUCAGCAAAGGUCAGUAAAAACCUGUAAUUCACAAUUCUUUAAAUUAGCCAUGUUUCCAGGUAGUAGAAGUGCUUGUUAAACUAAUUGUUCCUCCAUAGUUGGUUGAGAUCAAUUUGGGGGGGAAAAAAUAAAGUAUUUUUU